AUGAGGACCCUGCCGCUCCUGCUGCUCUCGCUCUGCUGGAGCCUGGGGCCGGUGAAUGGUGUCCAUCCAGAAUGCAGAUUUCAGCUGGAGAUUCACAAGGAGGAGACCAGGUGCAUGGAACUUCUAAAGAAUGCAAAACCAGUGGACUACAAAGGAUGUGUUGGAGUUUGGGAUAACAUCACCUGUUGGCGUCCUGCGAAGAUUGGAGAGACUGUCACUGUCCCUUGUCCAAAAGUAUUUAGCCUUUUCUCUGGUAAACCAGGAAACAUUAGUAAAAACUGUACAAGUAAUGGAUGGUCAGAUAUAUUUCCUGACAUCUUAAGUACUUGUGGUUAUAAUGACUAUGAAGAUGAUUAUAAGGUCAACUUCUAUGUGAGGGUGAAAGCAAUUUAUACCCUUGGACACAGCGUAUCUCUGAUUGCUCUUACAACAGGAAGUAUAAUUCUUUGCCUUUUCAGAAAACUGCAUUGUACUCGGAACUACAUCCAUCUGAACCUGUUCCUCUCUUUCAUUCUGAGAGCAAUCUCUGUGUUAGUCAAGGAUGAUAUUCUGUAUUCCAGCUCCAACACAGCUCACUGUCCAGAGGAUCAAACUUCAUGGGUGGGCUGCAAGGCAAUCCUGGUGUUUUUUCAGUAUGGUGUUAUGGCAAAUUUUUACUGGCUCUUAGUAGAAGGACUUUACCUCCACAUCCUCCUUGUGCUAAUAUUCUCCCCCAACAGGCACUUCACGAUCUACCUGCUGAUAGGAUGGGGAAUUCCUACGAUAUUCAUUAUUACGUGGACAGUGACACGGAUCAUUCUAGAAGACACUGGUUGCUGGGAUACAAAUGAGCAUGGUGGUCCCUGGUGGGUUAUACGAAUACCAAUUUUAAUUUCUAUUAUAGUGAAUUUUAUACUUUUCAUAAGCAUUAUAAGAAUCUUGCUGCAGAAGUUAAGAUCUCCAGAUGUCGGAGGAAAUGACCAGUCACAGUACAAGAGACUUGCAAAAUCCACGUUGUUGCUUAUUCCAUUAUUUGGAGUUCACUACACAGUGUUUGCUCUAUUUCCUGACCGCAGUUCCAACAAUUAUAAAAUAAUCUUUGAGUUGUGUUUGGGAUCUUUUCAGGGGUUGAUUGUUGCAGUCCUGUAUUGUUUUUUGAACAGUGAAGUGCAGGGGGAGCUGAAAAGAAAGUGGCGGAGUUUGUGCUGGAAGCAGACAGCAGGCAGAGAUUACAGACUCCACAGCUCGUCCAUUUCUCGAAAUGGAUCAGAAAGUGUUUCCCAGCUCCACCGAAAUUCAAGAGCUCACUCAUUUAUGCAGACAGAGACCACUAUGAUAUAA